CCUGUAACGGUCCCGGGCCGGUAGCGGUGAGGCUUCUUCACGCCGACGGGGGCCGGGGCGCUCUUACGGCAGCCCUGGUCUCCAGUUGCUUCCUGGGGGCUUUGCCGCCGGUGGAUUUACGAGAGAGUGAAUAAACUCGUGAAACAGAGAAGUACCGUCAUGUAAUCCACUGAUUUCAACAAUGUAACUGUAUUCUGAAUACCAUCUAUUUAAUUUGUAACCGUAACGGAAUACAGUUACUCAUAAUUUGUAUUCUAAAUACGUAACGCCGGUACAUGUAUUCUGUUACUCCCCAACACUGGCUAUAUUUACAAAAACGCAAUUGCGCGGACUGAUCCGAAAGCCAUUUAUCCUUCUUCUCUCUCGUUUUGUAUUCUGUGCAAUGAAAAUCAAGAAGCAAGUAAAAAUCGAAGUUAUCCAUGUUGUUACUGUCAGUGCAUUAUGAGCCUAUAUCUAGGCAUAUUUGUUGGAAUGUGUGAACCAACGCAAAUCAGAUAACUGCAACUUUCAUGCAGUCUUUAACGAACAUUUACGCAACAUGUGUGUUGGCCAAAAUAAUAUUGCAAAUAUUGCUUAAUACAAUUUGGUUUAGCCUACUUUUAAACAUAUGAACUAUUUAAAAUUAUACUCGGCCUGGAUUUUGGAGCACAUCCAAACAUUGUCAUACUUACACCUGUCUUCACAACGGUAAGGAGAGCAAAUUGAUGAGUUCAGUAAUCCGGCCCGUCUACUCAUGCACGCCGCAUGUUCCGACAACACCAAUGAAGAACACACCCCUCCGUUUUCGAUUUUUGGCUCAUUUUACCUUACUUUUAGAUUUAUUUUUUAAUGUCAAAAUAUUGGUUGGAGAUAUAGAACGGGCGCCAAAAUACGCGCCCGGGAAAAAAAUAAAAAAUUAUAAUUGUUUUGUUUUUUGGGGGGCGCAUUAUUUGGCGCUCCCCCUCUAGAUGGCGCUCCAGGCGGCCGCCUAUACCGCCUGUGGAAAGGCCGCCACUGCUAUCAAAGCAGCAGUCACUUUGCUUUCGGUUUUGGCAGCAUGGACGCCCUUCUACUGAAGGAAGGCACUGAUGUGUCGGAAAUCGAUAAAACGGUAAAAAAAUAAGUGGAGGUGGGCUUGGGUAUGCGAAUGUGCAAAAAAAUGAAAAUGCCAGGAGUUUGCUUUUGUGUGGUGUGCCAUAAAAAAAUAGUGUAUGGGAGCAAUGGCAAGAAAGUCCUUUCACGCCAUCAGUCUGAAGCUAGCCAUAAGGCUAAUGUUAGAGCUCUUCGGCACACAUCAUCAUUGCCUGGUGCUGCAGUCACCACAACAGAAGUAGGUCCCUCCAUGGCUGAUCGUGUCUGCACGCAGAAAGUGCGAAUUUGCUCUUUCAUAGCAGAGCAUGACCUGUCCCUGACCAUAUCACAGCCCCUUGUCAACCUGAUUCGAUCAGUUGCAGAAGACCAGAGCACACUCUCCAGGCUGUCAUUGUGCAACGCACACGCCUCCUACUUGUGCACACAUGGCAUUGCAGCCUAUUGCAAAACAGAGUUGUCCAUGACGCUACAAACAAAGAUGUUCUCUUUGAAUGCAGAUGAGGCAACUAAUGUUAAUAUGGACAAGAUUUUAAAUGUGCUUGUACGGUUCUUUGAUGAGGAUUUGGGUAAAGUUGUGACCCAGCAUUUUGGAUCAAGGAAAGUCAACAUUGCAGAUGCCUCAACCCUCAAAAAUGCAAUCGAAGAAAUCCUCAACUCAUACAAUUUGAACUGGGAUCAGGUCAUGUCUGUUUUGCUUGACAACUGCAGCGUCAUGAGAGGAAAGCGAUCUGGAGUGGAGACCCAGAUCAGGAAAGAAAACGAUGCACUCCUUGACAUCAGUGGAGACACGGUGCAUAUGGUGUCAAAUUCUGCCAAGGCCCUUUUGAAUCCAUUAAAGAGUUGUGUUGAAGAAUUCUGUACGGAUGUGUAUUAUGACAUUGAAAAGUUUCCAAAGCAGAAGGAGCUGUUUGGAGAGUUUCAAUCUCUUCUACACAUGAAGAACAAGAGCCUGAUCCGCCCCAUCAGCAGCAGGUUCCUUCAGAUGCUGGAGGUGUGCAACAGGAUAAGGGAGCUAGUGGAUCCACUGAUUGCACACUAUUUCAGCUUCCUGUCACCCCAUGAUCAGCGCAAAUACAGAUUGCCCAUCAACCAGGUUCUGCAGAAGCAUGGGGUUACAGCUGAGGAAAAGGCUAGGAUGGGUGUACUACAUCAACAACUUGCCAAAUCAACAAAGGGUCAAACCGAUGUAAAUAGUGACAGGAAGACAAUAAUCUGUGUACUUUUCACAGAGUUCAGUAAGCUCACAGCCAUUAUAGACCUAUACAGAGGUAUACUCCCAUCCUUCCAGGUCUUCCUCAAAAAACUGCAGUAUGAAAAGCCUAUGCUUCAUGUUCUGCAUGUCGAAAUGGUGCUGCUGGUGAGAGACGUUCUCUCCAAGUUUAUGAAGCCCGAUGCCAUCCCUUUGGAUGUGAAGAGCUUGAUUAAUCUGGAUAUACAGAACAAAGACCUGCAGUAUCCAGAUAAAUUGUUGUCGGUUGGGAAAUUCAGCCAUUGUGUAGUCAACAAGGCCAGAGUGGAGAAGAAACCUUGGGUGAAGGAGUUAUACACCUCACUCAGAGAGGGCUACAUCAAGGCAGCUGCAUUCCUGAUAAAAAACCUCCCCUUGAGCAACGUCAUCAUUUCCUCUUUGUCUGCACUGUCACCUUCGUUGAUCCAGGACCAAAACGUGCUUACUGCAUUUAGCACUUGGCCAAGGCUCUGCCAAAUGUCAUCACCACUAAUGAACUGGGCGAGCUGGAUGAAGAGGUGAGGGCCUACCAGACUCACCUGGAUCUGGAGGACAAGGCCAAAGGUUUUGAUGAGAAUUCUGCACGUAUUGAUGCUGACUGGUGGAGGGAAAUCUUUGUAAUGAAGACACCAGAAGGCUCAAUCAGAUUUCCUGUCUUGGGCAAAUUGGUGAGGGCACUGCUCUCUUUGUUUACUGGCCCUCUCGUUGAAGGUUCAUUCAAUAUAAUGGAUGAUAUCAUUGAGAAGGAUAGGACCAGAAUAAACAUUGAGACCUAUGAAGGCUUGGCUGUGAUCAAAACACACCUGAAGGCAGCAGAACAAACAGCCUCUAAGAUGACAAUUAGUGCUGCAAUGAGGAGUUUGUGUCUCUCAUCAUUUCACCGGUACAAAUGCCAUCUUGAGAAGAAGAAAGAGAAAAUGAAUGAAGAGAAGGAUCGGAAAAUCAGGGAAGCAUUAAAAGUCCUCUCAGCAGUGAGGGCGAAGAAGGUGAAAAAAGCUUCCACCUCUUCAUCAUCUUCAUCUACUUCUGCUGCCAGACACUCCUCCUCCUCCACUAGAGCCUCCCACUCAUACAGCUCAAGAAGAGCCAUGUGUGCAACCAAAUCUUCCCACCCUUUAUCCUCCAAAACCAGAGGAGCUACCCCUGCAGGCCACCCCCCCUCCUCCUCUUCCUCAUCUCCCUCAUCUGGAAAAGCUACCCCUGCAGGCCACCUCCCAUCUUUCACAUCCAGAAAAGCUACCCCUGCAGGCCACUUCCCAUCUUCAUCAUCUGGAAAAGCUACCCCUGCAGGAAAAUCCUUAAAAGGCACUACUGCAGGAACCUCCUCCUCCUCCACCUCUUCCCCUGCAGGAAAACCCCUCUCCUCAAAAAGCACGCCUGCUAGAACCCCCUCCACCUCCUCCUCCUCCUCUACCCCUGCAGGAAAACCCCUCUCCUCAAAAGGAACUGCUGCAGGAACCUCCUCCUCCUCUUCCUCCUUAUCUACCCCUGCAGGAAAACCCAGCUCCUCAAAAAGCACUCCUGCUAGAACCUCCUCCUCCUCUAACCCUGCAGGAAAACCCCUCUCUUCAAAAGUAACUCCUGCAGGAACCUCCUCCUCAAAAGGCACUUCUGUUGGAAUUCCCUCUUCCUCCUCCUCCUCUGGCUCAUUUAAAGCCACACCUGCAGGAAAACCCUUUUCCUCUCCUCCUGGGCCAAAAAAACCUCCCCAGAAACGGGCAUCAGGUGUCCUGAAGUUAGAUGACUUUGGAUUCACCACUAAAAGGCCAAAGAAGUAGACCUUUUCAUUUUCUCUUCUUGGGUCUCAGUGUUUUAACUUAUUUAGUACUGUUAUCUUUUAAGUUUUAAGUUAUCUUUUUGUGUUACACCGUUUUGUUCAAACAUUGUUAUCUUUAAUAUAAUUGUUCUUGAAAGCAUUGUGGAAAUAAAUGCUUGCUCUGACAACUUGUGCAGACGUUUUGUCAUUUAUAGCCCAUUAACACGAAUGGUGAAGUCUUGCAAAAAAAUAUUGGUUUUAUGCCCUAGCUUUAAACUAGUAAGUGAUAAUGGACUACGUGAAGUUCAAAUAUCGAGGCGGUAAGCAGCCACGACCCAAAGUGAGUGCCGAUUUUUUUUUUCAGUCAGAUGAUUUUUUUUUGCUUUAAUCCCUGAGUCUAUAAAACUGUAUUAAAAAUUGACCCCGUUACACUUGAAAAGUGUCUUAAUAUCUGUUGUUGAUGUCCCAGCCCGGUAUGGGGGGUGUGUAUCAUUUGAGUUGAACCCAUGUUUUCUCCUGUUUCUCGAUGAGGAGUCAGGUUAAGAACAUGUCUUUUGGUUCCUUUAAUUUCAGUGGUUAAAUUUAGGUUGUUCCCUUCAGGUGUUUUGUGUUUGCUGUUUUGUUGUUCGACCCCCCCCAAGCUAAAGAGUUUACCACGAGGAAAUUCUGGGACCAAUCCCAUCAGUGUCGCUUCCGUCAUCGUUUUGCUCGUGUGUUCCCAUAGGAAAUGAUGUCCUGCGCGGAUGCAACUUCCGUCCGUCCGCUCACUCUAUACUCCCCGUAGACCGGCAGCAAGGACACCGCGUAAAACCCACAGCGCGAGUGUGACGCGGUCUUUUAGAGUAUAACUCCCGCACUGUAAACAAAUGUCAUGUAAAUUAAUUUGUCUGUUUAUUAUUGUUUUAAAUGAAAUUCAACAUAAUAACAAAUACUGCACAAUUUAAUUUAAUGUAAUAGCAGCAUGAUGAUAGUCAGUUCCUAUAAAUUAAACUCCUCUUUACCAAAA